AUGUCUUCUCCCUCCCUCUCCCUGGGCACCGCAGCCUGGACCCUCUCGCCGUCCGACACCCCCCAGCAGGACGAAAUGCUCCAGAUCGCACGCACCCACGGCAUCACCGCUAUUGACACAGCCAGACUCUACGGCCAAGGAAUCUCCGAAUCUUUCCUCGGGCAACGCAAUGUCGCCUCGGAAUUCGAAAUCACUACCAAAGCACCUACGGGAUUUCUACCAAACUCGGCGACCAAGUCGGCGAUUAUCCAGAACGGCACACUGAGUCUGGAAGCGUUGAAGACGUCCAAAGUGCCGAUUUACUUGCUGCACGGGCCGGACGAGUCGGUUCCCCUUUCUGAGACAUUGGAUGGAGUGCAGGAGUUGUACUUGAAGGGAGCAUUUGAGAAGUUCGGCCUCUCCAAUUUCUCGAUCCCCCAGAUCCGCGAAGUCUACGAAUAUAACAAAUCAAAAGGCUACGUGUUGCCCACCGUCUACCAGAGUAUUUAUAAUCUGGUUGCGCGAAACAAUGAGACCAAUCUCUUCCCUGCGCUGCGCGACCUCGGCUUCUCGAUCCAGGUCUACUCGCCCAUCGCGUCGGGCUUCCUGGUCAAGAAACCCGAAGACAUCCAGCAGCAGAAGGGAAGAUGGGAUCCGUCUACCACCGAGGGGAAGCUCCUGCAAGGGUUGUACGGGAAGCCUGAGCUGCUGAAUUUCCUGCGCGAGUAUAUCCAACUGGCCGAGGCGGGCGGCAGUUCGCAGGCAGCCUUGGCGUAUCGCUGGGUGCGAUACAAUUCGGCACUGAGGGGCGAUUUGGGCGAUACGGUGCUUCUGGGCGCGAAUGGACCGCAACAGUUACGAAACACACUGGCGGAUUUGGAUCAGGGACCGCUGGAAGAGUGGGUGGUGGAAAGGUUGGAUGCGUUGUGGGAAGGCAUUCGGGAGGUGGCGCCGGUGGACAAUUUGACUGUUUGGAAGGCAAUGUAA